AGCGCGGGCGCGGGGCGCACGGGCGCGGGGACUGCCACCGCCGCGCCGUCCGCCCUAUGAGCGCGAUGCGGCGCCGCGCCGCCCGGGGGCCCGGCCCGCCGCCUCCCCGGGCCCGGGUCCCGCCGCUGCCGCUGCUUCUACUCGCGCUGGCCACCCGUGGGGGCUGCGCCGCACCCGCGCCCCGAGCCGAGGACCUCAGCCUGGGAGUGGAGUGGCUGAGCAGGUUCGGCUACCUGCCCCCAGCAGACCCCGCAACGGGGCGGCUGCAGACGCCAGAGGAGCUGUCCACGGCCAUCGUGGCCAUGCAGCGGUUCGGAGGCCUGGAGGCCACUGGCGUCCUGGAUGAGGCCACCCUGGCGCUGAUGAGAACCCCGCGCUGUUCCCUCCCUGACCUCCCAGCCGCAGCCCCGGCUCGAAGGAGGCGCCAGGCUCCGGCCCCGACCAAGUGGAGGAAGAGGAACCUGUCGUGGAGGGUCCGCACGUUCCCGCGGGACUCGGCCCUGGGCCGUGACACGGUGCGCGCGCUCAUGCACUACGCGCUCAAGGUCUGGAGCGACCUCACGCCCCUGAACUUCCACGAGGUGGCCGGCAGCGCCGCCGACAUCCAGAUCGACUUCUCCACAGCGGACCACAACGACCGCUACCCCUUCGACGGCCCCGGCGGCGCGGUGGCCCACGCCUUCUUCCCGGGCGACCACCACACUGCAGGGGACACCCACUUUGACGAUGACGAGGCCUGGACGUUCCGCUCCUCAGAUGCCCACGGCAUGGACCUGUUCGCAGUGGCUGUCCAUGAGUUCGGCCACGCCAUCGGGCUGAGCCACGUGGCGGCCACACGCUCCAUCAUGCAGCCAUACUACCAGGGCCCAGUGGGUGACCCGCUGCGCUACGGGCUCCCCUAUGAGGACAGGGUGCGCGUCUGGCAGCUGUAUGGCGUGCGGGAGUCCGUGUCCCCAACGGCACAGCCGGACACCCCAGAGUCCGAGGAGCCGCCCCUCCUGCCGGAGCCCCCUGAUGAUCGUUCUAGCACCCCGCCCAGGAAGGAUGUGCCCCACAGAUGCAGCGCCCACUUUGACGCAGUGGCCCAGAUCCGAGGCGAGGCCUUCUUCUUCAAAGGCAAGUACUUCUGGCGGCUGACCCGGGACCGGCACCUGGUGUCACUGCAGCCGGCACAGGUGCACCGCUUCUGGCGGGGCCUGCCGCUGCACCUGGACAGCGUGGAUGCCGUGUACGAGCGCACCAGUGACCACAAGAUCGUCUUCUUCAAAGGAGACAGAUACUGGGUGUUUAAGGACACUAACGUAGAGGAAGGAUACCCGCGGCCCAUCUCGGACUUCGGCCUCCCGCCGGGCGGCGUCGAUGCUGCCUUCUCCUGGGCCCACAAUGACAAGACUUAUUUCUUUAAGGACCAGCUGUACUGGCGCUACGAUGAGCACACACGGCGCGUGGACCCUGGCCACCCCGCCCAGAGCCCCCCGUGGAGGGGCCUCCCCAGCACGCUCGACGAUGCCAUGCGCUGGUCCGAUGGUGCCGCCUACUUCUUCCGCGGCAAGGAGUAUUGGAAGGUGCUGGACGGUGAGCUGGAGGUGGCGCCCGGGUACCCGCAGUCCACGGCCCGGGACUGGCUGGUCUGCAGAGACCCGCCCGCUGACCCCGAGGGCGCAGACGGAGAGGCUGGGGCCCACGCCCGGCCGGGGCAGCGCGACCACAGCCGCUCCGAGGACGCCUACGAGGUCUGUUCCUGCACCUCCAUCGCCGCCGCCGCACCGCGGGCCGCGGGCCCACUGCUGGCCGCGCUGCUGAGCUUCCUGUGGACAGCGGCCCGGGCCCUGGCGCUGUGACAUUCAGCGCUGGCCUGCGACAGGACAGAAGGGGCCAUGGCCCAGAGGCACAAAGUGCAAGGACUGAUGCCCGCCCCUCCAGCGCCUGAGCCAAGCGUCCCUGCAGAGCGGACCCCGCCUUGCAGAUGGGGACGGCGCCACCAGCCCCCGGGCCGAGGCCACCGGGUGCAGCCUCCCCGACUCGGCAGAGGCCAGCAGAGGGCGCUGCUCCCCGGGCGCGGAUGCAGGGGGAGCGCCCGCCUGGCCUGCCUGCCCUCUGCCAGCUGGGGAGAUUGCGUCACGUCCCGGCCGGGUCGGGGCCGGGAGCCGUCCUUUCAGCGAGCGAGUGACUGAAUCUCACGGAGAUUGACCGAGGAGCCAGGGGUAGGCUGGGCUGGGGGCGUUACAUCAGGUCCGCAGGCCCACGGGCACCCCCUCCCCAUCACCUGCCGCAGAGCCGCCCCUGGUGCUUCCGCCCGCCCGUGGGGCUUCCUCUCCUGGACCCAGUGGGCCUCCACGGGCGAGCCCCCAAGCUGGGGCCGUGGUGGGCUUCCCUUGUGACGCGUUUCAGACAAACACGAU